UCCAGGUAUUAAAAUAUAAUGCUAUCCAGUUCAUCAUAUUUUAAUACCUGGAUUAGCAAUAUAAAUGAAUUAUAAGGAAUAUAAGUUCAAUGUGUUUUGAAUGGAAUUAGUCAUAUUUUGAAAGACAAAUCACAUUAUUAUUUAAAAGCAAAAAAAAAAGAAAAAAAAGUUUAAAUUAAAAAAAUUCUGAAUUUUUUAGUUUUUCUGCAUCUUAAUUUAACUAUCACAACAAGUCACAAAGAAUAAUUAAUACUUUAGUCCCAUACAUUUUCAGUAGAUAGAUUGACAACAAAAAUGUCUCAAGAAUAGAUUGAUGAAGUUAAAAAAUAUUUGAAAAUUAAAGACUUUUAUGAGUUACUUGGAGUCCCUAAAGAUGCUAAUCAAGAAUAAAUUAAAAAGGCAUAUAAAAAAUUAGCAUUAAAAUUCCAUCCAGAUAAAAACAAAGCUGAAGGAUCAAAGGAAGUAUUCAAAAAAAUUGCAUAAGCUUAUGAUUGUUUAACAAAUCCUGAUAAAAGAGCUGUUUAUGAUAGGUAUGGAGAUGAAGAGCCUGAAUAACAUUAUCAUCAUUAUCGUUAGUAAUUCCAUGAUGAUAUUUCCGCUGAAAAUCUCUUUGAAAAGCUUUUUGGAAACAGGAAUCCCUUUUUUUAAUUUGAUUAAGCAAGCUUUAGGGCAACAGGACCUGGAGGAGCAUAAGUCUUUUACACAUCAUUUGGAGGAAAUCCUAUGAAUGGAGGAAUGCCAACAAUAUUUGAAAUUUUCAAUCAAAUGGGCUAACAAUAACAACGAAGAAAUGUAUAAGGUUUUCGCCAAUCUAAUAGAAAUUCUCACCGUGAAAGUCAUGUUAGUGAUGAAAAUGGUGAAGAUUUAGGACAUUAGUAAUAGUAAGGAUAAUAAUAAAAUCAAUAAAACAAUCAAUCUUAGCAACAAAAUAAAAAUAAAUUAUUUUCGCUUCUAUAGCUUUUACCUCUCUUUUUGCUUUUCUUUAGCAUAUUUUUCAAUAAUUUAGCUUCUUAGAGUCCUCUUUAUUCAAUGGAAUACUCUAAGUCAUAUGAUAUAAAGAGAGAAACUAAAUUAUUGCACGUAAAUUAUUAUGUUGCAUAAGCCUUUGUAGAUAAAAUGAGAGCAGAACCAACUUGGUUAAAAGAAAUAGAAAGGUAAAUCGAAUCCGAAACAGUCUAAAAGUUAAAAGAAUAGUGUUUCUAAUAUGAAUAAACUAGAAAACAGCUAACUGUUUAGCUUUAGGCUGCCCGUAGUGAUAACGAUAAAACAUAUUACAAUAACAAACUUAAUUCUCUGAAAAACACAAGCUGCAGUUAAUUAGACAAAUUUAGAAAAGACUAUCAUAUAGAUUUAGAAGCAGUUUUUUCAUGA